AUGGCCGCCGAAGUCUCACACGGCCGGGGCGGCGCUGGCAACAUCAACCCAGACGACACGUUGUACGUCGAUGGUGAGAUUGCACGCACCGGCGUCGAGGGCAGCCACGGUGACGGUGCCUACAGCUCUGGACGAGGAGGCCUCGGCAACAUUGGCGAUAUAGGCAGGGCACCGACGCCACGUAGAGAUCAGGACAUGAUCCCCGAGGCAGCGCUGCGGCCGAGUCAGGAUACGGAAUUCCACACGGGGCGAGGCGGUGCUGGAAACGAGAUGCACGUGCCUCGCGAGAAGCCGGCGGCGGCGAAGACGGGCGGCGGCGGGGAUGCUCCCAUCAGUCUGGCGGACAAACUCAAGGCGAGGCUGUUUAGCGUCUUCCAAAAGAAGUAG